UUUCAACUCGCGACUGACAAGCAGCGGUCGCCGUCGCCGAUCCGUUGUCGAGAGAUCAGAUCCGAGAUCUGAGCUUAAAGAUCCCCAAACGAUCCGUACCGAUUCGAACCGUUCCGAACCGAUCCCGUGAUCCGUUUCGUGAGUGCAUUUUUUUUCAAUUUUUUUACGAGCUCCGGAUCCUUUCUGUGUGCAGUGCCUUCAACAAUCGAAUUGAAACAACUACAUUUUUUGUUCGAGUGCCUUUGUGACGAGAAUAACCCACGAGGAUAAGCAGCUGGCAUGAUGCUGCUCCGCCUGACUUUGCUGACCGCCUGCUACCUCUGCGCCGCCCAGGCGGUGUUGCACGGCAAGGAUGUUAAGCGCCGCGAGGCAGGAUUCGACACAUACGGUCCGCCGCCACGCCCUGCCCCCCAGUACGGCCCACCGCCCCAGCAGCAGCACGUGCCCCACCGGGAAUACGGCGUGCCGCAGCAGAUUCCCUUCAGGGAGUACGGUCCGCCGGCCAUCAAAUACGGCCCACCCAAGCUGAACUUCCUGGGAGGCGGCGGAGGAGGCGGUGGUGGCGGUAGCUCGCUGCACGAGCAGAUCAAGACCCACUUCGGAGUGCCCAAGCCCUUCUACGGACCACCGCACAUCCAGCACAAGCCGGCACCACAGUACGGUCCACCACCACCGAAGCCCGCACCACAGUACGGUCCACCCCCGCAGCCUGCCCCACAGUAUGGUCCACCACCACCGAAGCCGGCGCCUCAGUACGGUCCACCACCACCACAGUACGGCCCACCGCCGCCACAGAAGAUCCAGCACCGCCCGGCUCCACAAUACGGACCACCGAAGCUUCAGUACGGUCCUCCACCACCACCACAGCUGCUGCCCUCGCCCCAUGCCGCACCACUCUUCAAGCCCGCCCACCAGCCAGCCACCUCGUACGGACCACCUGCCUCCGGACCGCUGAAUCUGCCGCCCAAGCAGAUCUUCGACGCCCCGCCACCGAACUACGGACCACCACCACUGCCCGUGGCCCUGCCCGGCAACGGAAAUGGACCAGCCACCACGAUUAUCCUGACCGGCGGACACUCCAGGCCAAGUGGACCCAGUGGGCCCGGACCAGUGAAGCAGGUGCAGAUCCAGAUCGACUCCUCGGGACACACACACAGUGUUAGCGGAUCCCAGGCUCCCUUCCACACGGCCUGCGAUGGCUGGAAACCGAUCCCGGCGCCAGUGGGAGCCUACGUGGAGCAGAACCACAUCGAAACUCAGGGUGGCUAUAGCCAGGUGGCCCAAGGACAUGGUGGAUCCUCCUUUGGAACGCAGUACAGCUUGGGCGGUGGCACCACUGGAAGCGGCAGUGGUGGCAGCAUCAUCGACGGACUCACUGACGAACAGCUCGUGGCAGUGGCCCUUCAGGGUGGCGGCGAUGGAGCCAAUGUGAUCACCGGACCAGGAGGCAACUCCAUUGAAGCGGAAGCCUUGCAGGCCGCCAUUGGUUCUCUGGAUGAUUCGUAUUCCAAGCCUCCUUCGGAUUCCUUCGCUCCCGGAUCUGUGCACGCCCAGAAGUACCAGACUAUCGGACACUCCGGACCUCCACCACCACCACCAAGUGGUAACUACGGACCUCCACCACCACCUCCAAGUGGUAACUAUGGACCUCCUCCACCACCACCCAGUGGAAACUACGGACCUCCACCACCACCUAGUGGAAACUACGGACCUCCACCACCACCCAGUGGAAACUAUGGACCGCCGCCACCACCAAGUGGCAAUUACGGACCUCCACCACCCCAGUUUGCAGCCCUCACCAGCAGCAGCAGCCACGCACACUCGCAAUCGCAAUCCAAUGUGAACAUUCAGUAUGGAGCACCAUCCGGCAAUCCCCAGCCCUUCCCGCAGCACGGCGCCGGUCAGCCCAACAAGCCGGUGGCCUAUCGUCCACCCGUGCCCGCCGGUCUCCUGGAGUCCAUUGGAGCCACCGUCCAGCAUCUGGACCAGUUUGGAGUAAAGCCCCAGCAGCAACCGCAGACUUAUAUUCCCCCAGCCGCCAAUGAGAUUCCCGUUUCCGGAUCAGCGCCACAGCCACUGCCUUCUCCACAAGCCCUGUACCAGCCACCACCCCCACCAUCUGCGCCCCAAUUAAGCCUGCAGCAGCAGCUGCCUGCCCCACAGCCUGGUCCCGCCUUCGUCCACCAGAAGCAGUUCGGACCACCGGGACCACCACCACCACCGGAGCCCCAGUACCUGCCACCACCACCACCAGUGGCCAAUGUGCGACCCCUGGGACCACCACCACCACCAACUCAGCAGUACCUGCCCGCCGCUCCAUCCGGACCACUCUUCUACCAGCAGCAACAGCAGCAGCAGCACCACCACUCGGAGAACAGCUACAGCGCCUCGCAGUUCCACUCCCAAGGACUUCCACUGCCGCUGCAGGCUCCCCGCUUCAAUCUGCAGCAGGUGCAGCAGCAGCAGCCUAUCAUCGUGCACGAUUGCGGUCACGGCCCGAAUCUGGUGAGCAGCAAUGGCUACCAGGUGCAGCAGCAACAGCAACUGCAGCAGCAACAGCAGUUGGUGCAGCAGCACUUUGGCAGCGUUUCCGCCGCAUCCGCCGGUGCCUACAACGCCAUCUCGCAGAGCAUCCCAGUGGCGGAGCAGCACACCCAGCAAUUGGUCACCGGGCCGGCGGACAGCUAUGGUCCACCGCCAUCUGGAAAUGACCUGGACUACGAUCACACCGGAUAUGCAUCGCAAAAGAACUCCGUGGCAGCACUGCCCGAUGGCACGGAUCCCCACCAGCUGCCCGGUUUGGAUGGACUCGAUGUUCUGUCCGCCCAGAAGUCGCAGAGCAUCCAGCUGAACGGACAGCAGCCGACGCAGAACUUCCAAGUGCAGUUCGGUGGAUCCCUGAACAAUGCUCCUGGUGUCGCCCACAGCGAUGCCAAUCACGAGGAGAUCCUGUCGCAGGGUUUGCUGCAGUCCAUCCUCACGGCCAUCGAGCAGCCCAACCAGCAGCAGCAGAACCUUCCCCAGAACCACAAGGCCCAAAGCCGCUCCGAUGAGCACAAUGAUCACGAACACGAUCUGGACCAGGAGCAGGCCAAUGGCGAGGAGAAGGACGAGGAGCAGGAGCAGUCGCUCAGCUCCUCGAAUCGCGUGGAGGUGCGCGUCCUGCCGGAGAAUCCGGACAACGAGGAGGAGACCCCCGCCGAAGUCAAGGAGAUCGAACCGAUCGUGGUCAACGAGGAGGAGGCCAAGCAUUAGUCAGUCACUAGUUAGCAUCGAACUCAUCAGCGCCGCUUGAACCUAUUUAUUGCUGCCUCAUCAUCAUCAACUAAGAGCUAAGAGCUAUGAGCUGAGAGCUUAGAGCUCCAUCUGUCCCCCAGUUGCCAUAAAGUGAAAGUCCAGGGGACAGGGGGGCAUCCAUUAAAACAAACAAAGAAAGAAAAAAAAAAACAACAAACGCACACACACAAAGAGAACCAAGAA